UGAGGUGCCGGACCCAGCGGGAGGAGGUGGGGGGGUGAACCCGAGUGGGAAGAGGUGACGGCAGCAGUGGCAGCGGCGGCGCCUCGGGCGGGCCCCAAUGGAGCUCGAGAAUAUCGUGGCCAAUACAGUGUUGCUCAAGGCGCGCGAGGGUGGAGGAGGGAACCGAAAAGGCAAGAGUAAAAAAUGGCGCCAAAUGCUACAGUUCCCGCACAUUAGCCAAUGUGAAGAUCUUCGGCAUACUUUGGAGCGGGACUACCACAGUUUGUGUGAGAAGCAGCCCAUUGGUCGUUUGCUUUUCCGGCAGUUUUGUGAAACACGGCCUGAGCUUAUGCGCUGUGUCAAGUUCCUGGAUACUGUGGCAGAGUAUGAAGUGACCCCCGAUGAGAAACGAAAAGAGUGUGGGCAGCACCUGAUUGAGACGUAUUUGACCCCGAAGAAUGUGGAUCAUGUGCCUGAAGUGCCCUCGGAGCUAGUAAAUCUGUGUUCUGAGCGACUGGAACAGGAACCGGGUAAAGAGCUCUUUAAGGAAUCUACCAAGCUCAUCCAUGAGUACCUUAGUGUGGCGCCAUUUGCUGACUACCUUGACAGCAUCUACUUCAAUCGUUUCCUGCAGUGGAAAUAUCUGGAAAGGCGGCAUGUGACCAAGAAUACUUUCCGCCAGUACCGUGUACUAGGAAAGGGAGGCUUUGGAGAGGUGUGCGCAUGCCAGGUACGGGCCACUGGGAAGAUGUAUGCCUGCAAGAAGCUUGAGAAGAAGCGGAUAAAAAAGCGGAAAGGGGAAGCCAUGGCCUUGAAUGAGAAGCAGAUCCUGGAGAAAGUGAACAGUAGGUUUGUAGUGAGUCUGGCCUAUGCAUAUGAAACUAAAGAUGCCUUGUGCUUGGUCUUGACUCUCAUGAAUGGAGGGGACCUCAAGUUUCAUAUCUAUCACAUGGGAGAAGCAGGCUUUGAGGAGCCACGGGCUGUUUUCUAUGCUGCUGAAAUCUGCUGUGGCUUGGAAGACCUCCACCAUGAGAGGAUAGUGUACAGGGACUUGAAGCCAGAGAAUAUCUUGUUGGAUGACCAUGGUCACAUCCGCAUUUCUGACCUGGGACUCGCUGUUUAUGUUCCGGAGGGACAGACGAUAAAAGGUCGGGUGGGAACAGUUGGCUACAUGGCUCCUGAAGUGGUGAAGAAUGAGCGGUACACAUUCAGCCCUGAUUGGUGGGCCUUAGGAUGCCUACUUUAUGAGAUGAUUGAGGGCCAGUCUCCAUUUCAGCAACGCAGGAAGAAGAUUAAGCGUGAAGAGGUGGAACGCCUUGUGAAGGAUGUGCAGGAAGAGUACUCUGAGAAGUUCUCCUCUGCUUCGCGCUCUCUCUGUUCCAUGCUCCUGUGCAAAGACCCACUGGAACGGCUGGGAUGUGGAGGUGCUGGUGCUCAGGAGGUGAAAGAGCACCCCCUGUUUAAACACUUGAAUUUCAAGCGCUUGGAAGCAGGGAUACUUGACCCACCGUUCAAACCUGAUCCCCAAGCUAUUUAUUGCAAGGAUGUCUUGGACAUUGAACAGUUCUCCACGGUCAAGGGGGUAGAGCUGGAGCCCACAGACCAUGACUUCUACCAUAAGUUUGCAACUGGAAGUGUCCCGAUUCCCUGGCAAAAUGAGAUGAUAGACACAGACUGUUUCAAGGAACUCAAUGUUUUUGGUUCAGAUGGAGCCAUACCUCCUGAUCUGGACUGGAAGGGGCAGCAACCCACCCAGCCCAAAAAGGGCCUACUCCAGCGUCUCUUCAGCAGACAGAGGUGAGCAACCUCUACUCUGCUGUUCUGCGCAGGAAAAAUGACUACCUGGUGCCCCAAACUCCCCUGUGGACAGAACAAGACAUGGGGAUGAGGAGUCUACCUCUUCAGUGCCUUCCUUUCCCUCCCUCUCCCUCCCUUCCUCCAAGAUUUGCUGCUUGUGUGCAUUAAUAGCUCUUCAAGCCACUAAGCCUGCUUCCUGCAAAGCAUCAUGUAUGUCUUGCUCUGUUCUCUUGGCAUGGAGGCAGUAGGAUUUUUUUUAACAUCCCAUUUCUCCAGCUACCAUGCCUCCUUUAUGUGACCCUGCUAUUAAAAAUUGAAGCUUUUCUUUUUCUCUUCCUCAUGUACCCCAAACCCUUGUGUAUUUUCUGAGAGCUUGCCGAUGUUCUGGACACAUCCCACUUUCUACAGUUACGCCCUACUCCUAUAUUUUUGUAGUUCUUCCAUUUGGAUUAAUGAUUCAUAUUUCCAUGUGUAUCUAUCUCCAGCUUCAUUUACUGGGCCUAUAUGAGACCCUGCCAUUGUCCUAAGCUUGCCAGUGUUGAAUAAUUUUCAGCUCCUAAUUCUGUACUUAGCCACUAAUGGCCAUUAGAUUCUUCACAGUCCAUAAAUAUGUAUUCAAAGGGUGUGGAAGAUGCACAGCCUGGCUGUGAAUAAGAGUGUGGUUGGAGAUCCAGCAUGAUUCAUUCUCUCUCUCUAGUCCUCUAGGUUGGCUGCCAGAGGGCACUAUUUGGGAGCAGCCCGACUAGCAGGGUUGUUUUUGGUGUUGGGCCCAAAAGUUCCUUUCUAGGCAAUGGUAUCUUUUUCUGUGGGGACUGGGUAUAAAAUCCUGUGGCAUGUCUGCGUGUUGAAAUAAUAACUGUACUUACUCUGUGCUUGCUGUGUGCUCUCCCUUUUUCCCUUGCUCCCCCCCUUCCCUCCUCCUGCCUCCUCCCUUCAUUCUCCAGGACUGUUGUGGGAACUGCAGUGAGAGUGAAGAGGAACCCACACGCCUAUAGGUCUAGUCAUCCUAUUACUUUGAUGGGCCUGGCCAAGCAGCAAGCUGACUCGACAACAGAGAUGGUACUGGCCUAGCACUGGCUUGGCUUACAGUCUAGCACAUGCCAGCUGUAUGAGUGCGGGCUCAGCGUUUUAGGAUGGCAGCAGAUUCCCACCUACAGAGGAAGUGCUCCAGGACAGGAGAGAAUAGACGCCUCUGCGAAGGUCUUCAGUGUACUGCCGAGGGAUCAUCCUGCCACACCUCUUCCAUAGCAGAGAGAUGAUGGCAGGAGCUAGUGAAACAUUCCAGGGCUGGCCCUGGCCUUUGGCCUCCCAUCUGUUCACCUGCUGGAGUUUGUUUUAUAUAUUUAUAUUGAUAUAUCUAUGAAUGUAUGUAUAUAGCACAUGUACAUUUUUAAUGGUUGGGGAUGGAGGUCCUUCUGCAUUUCUCUCCUCUUUCUCCCCUACCCCACCAUCUUUGCUUCACCCUGGGGGACACUGUUCACCAGUAACUAAUAGGAAACAAGUAAGCAGCUCUGCUCCCCAAACAGUGGAUCCUGGCCCUUUUCAGGUUGUUCAAGUACCUUUCCCAGCACCCUGUGGAAUAUCCAUCCAUUCUGCUGGUGGAUGUGGAUGGUAGAAGCUGAGGUAUGGCAGCUGCAACGCAAGAGCUGCCUACACUGUCAUAUCUAGUCCACAGGGACACAAUUGGUAUAACCUCUGUGUGCUUUCGUGCCUCUUUCCCCAGCCCCCAAUUUGCAGUUGACUUGCUGAGUUACCAUAAUGCACCAUGAGAGUUACCAAGAUUUUAAAGCUUGUAGACAUGUCAAGGCAACACCCACAGGUUUUUAUGGGAUGACAAGCUGUGGGCUUUAUUUCUAGGACAUGGCUUCAUUGGAGGAAGGAAGUUUUAGAACACUAGAGUAGCAUUACUGCUUGUGGUAGCAUGCUGAUUUCUAGCUUUAAUUUCUUCUGUGAAAUUCCAGUAGGGCUGGUAUGAACAGAUAAGAAGGAAAAGUGGAGAGGGCCUGUCAUUUCCUGGGAGCUUUGUUAGGACUGAGUUUGUAUUUUUAUUUCAUUUUCUUCCCCAUACCAUUAUGCCCUCUUUUUCUUGAUUCUGUUUGCCCCAGUAAUUUUUCUAAAAGGUUCACCUGCCAACUAUGCCAGUGUGGGAAAAUGCACAUAUUAGAACCAGCAUCAAGCCUACAGCAUCCUUUUCAAAGGGUUAAACUAGUGAGAGAUCUCUGAUAAAAUCUCCCAGUGUUUUCAUUUUUUAUUGUAAAGCAGGUCUCUGAAUUUGGAGCAGCAACGUUGGAAGUGUAGGUUGAGCCCUUUUGUAUUGUACCGCAAUCAAAUCUCACCCUCAAACUGCCAUUAGCCUUACUGUGGGGGAAAAUGCCCCAUGGGGCAAAUCACAACUCUGUGCAGGCAAUGCGUAGCUCUUUUGGUAAAGAGCUCAGAAAAUGGGAGAUUCAAGUGCAGAUGUCUUGUCUGGUGUAGCUAGCCUGAAAGUCCUGCACAUCUUUCCCCAUAGGAAUCUCUUCUACUGUCUUCCGUGACUGAGAGCCCAGGGCCCACACAGAGCUGCUCCUUGUGCCUUUAUGAAGCUUUGUUGAGUAGGCCUGUUUACUGUCUGGACUACAGUUUUCCAAUCUUAAUCAUUUCCCUUAUUCUAUAUCUAGUGUGCACUGCAUCAUUCUUCCAGCAGUUAUUUCUAACCUCAAGUGUGUGUACGUAUAGCCUGCCUUGCUGCAGGGCAGUUAAUCUCAUUCCUCAGCCCAUCUAUGGUAUCUUAUGCUAGUAUUACACUGUUCUUGAUAACAUUGGAACUAUUUUGAAUUCACUUGUUAAUUGUAUGUCCUGACAACUCGUUGCUGUGGUAUAGAAGUGAACACAUCACUGGGUGCUGAGCGGUUUCAAGCUGAUGCUCCUGAAUACGGAGCAUCAAUUGACUUGUCCCUGAAUUAGAAAAGAGCAGAUUCUCUUCAUUGCUUUGUAUGUGCAAAUUGAACUUGUGUUUGCUGCCUUCUUUGUCUGCGCUAUGCAUUCUCAUGUGCCUCUUGCAGCCUGUCAUUCAACGUCUGCUUCACAAGUCAGUGUACCUUUCUUAAACCUUUCCUUAGAAAUUCAAGUUAAACAUGACAGGCUAUUUGCAGGCUCAGUGUUUGUGUCCUGUCCCUCUCCCCCCCCCCCAAUAAUCUUUUAACUCUGUUCUUCUUCUUUCAAAGACUUAAAAAAAAUUGGCCAUCUAAAACUGAACAUUUGGCUGAGAAUAUAAUGAAUUAAAGCAACUUGAUCCCAAAUAAUACCUUAGAGCUGAUUCACACUUGAAGCUUCAAUUUGCAAGACAGAGUUUAAAACUGGAAAAUGGGCUGCAGCUAUAAAUAGAACAUGGACAAGUUUCACUGCAAUAAAUAAUAUGGAGGCAGGUAGCUGUUCAGUGUGUUACUUCAAGGAAUCCAUGCUUAUAAGACUUCUGUGUGCUAUUCACAGUUGACAGCGAGUGAUAUCUGCAGUUCUGCCAUUUAAACUUAAGACCUUUUUCUGAUUUUUUAAAGUGUGAUAUCCCUAAGAUUUGUUAUAUGUACGCAUUGCAAAAUACCAGUGGAAAGGAAAGUUUCCCUUAAGUGUAUUAUUUGAUUUAAUAAAAUCCACCACUUAGUGCCAGUAGGAAAUGCCAUCUUUAAUAUUUUAUAUUUCAUCAAAUUUAGAAUAUGUCCUCUGAACAGAAAAACUUUAUUUAUUUAUUUAUUAUUUUAUUUAUACCCCGCCCUUCCUUCCAGCAGGAGCCCAGGGCAACAAACAGAAACACUAAAAACACUUUAAAACAUCAUAAAAAGACCGUAAAAUAUAUUAAAACAACACAAUGUUAAAAACAUUUUAAAAACUUUUAAAAAAUGCAACUUUGAUGGGUUUUUUAAAGUCCAUGUUCCAUCAGUCUUCUAAAAGAUGUAUGUAAGUGCAGUUUAUAAAGUCUUGCCCUCAGUGGCAAAUUUUGUGUUCUGGCUUUUGAAUACAAGCAGUGGGGGGGGGAAUAAAGUUCUACAUAUCAAGUUUCUUUUUUAUCAAAUCUGGAACAGGGACUUAGUUGCCUCUGUGACCUGUGUGGCGGUAGGUCCUUUAGGAACAUAGGGAGUUGCCUUCCAUCAGGUCAUAAUAUUGUCCAAUAUUGUCUACUCUGAUUGGUAGUGACUUUCCAUGGUCUCAGGCAGAGAUCUUUUCUAUCACCUGCUUAUCCAGUUGUUUUAACUAGAGCUGCCAGGAAGGGAACCUGGGACUUUUUGCAUACCAGUUAUCUACCAUACCAUGUUGGCAGCCUCUCUAAUGAAUUAGGAACCAAAUUUUUGUCUGUAUUUAAAAGUUUACUUGAUUAGCAGCACAGUCCUAACCAUGUCUACUCAGAAGUAAGUCCUACUUAACUCAAUGGGGCUUGCUUCCCAGUAAGUGGGGUUAGGAUUGCAGCCUGAAUCAAGGUUAGAGCCAUAGUUUUACUGUUUAAGAGCUGAGUGGUCCUCCCACUUUAUGCUCUCAUUGGAUCCGGCUUGUCAAAACUAUGGAUGGAGCAAUAUGCUUCUAAGGUCAGGAGCAGUUGGGCUCCGUUCUGUGAUCAGUUCAGAUUUUUCUUUUGUGCCUGCCAAAACCAUAAUCUUGACUUCUUGACCUGGGUCUCUUCUCUGUUCAUCCUGCCUCUUGAGGAUAUGUUCCUGUCUUGACUAUUCCCUAUCCCCUUCUUUCACUUUUAAAUAGUUUGUACCUCUGCUUGAUUCUCUCCUAUCCUGUCCUGUGUUGCUCUCUGUUAGCACUUCUGUGAAGCUCUCUACUCUCUAGCGUCUCCAGUCUAACUCCUGUGUGCUUUGUCUCUGCUUAGCAGCAGUGAACAUAUGUAUGAAAGAUAUAAAAUGGUGAUGAUAUGAGAUAUAUAUGAUGUAGAUAUACCCACUAAUUUUUUUGGAAAAUGGGACAUGCUACUGUCUUACUUCCACUGCCUAGGCAAGAGUGUUUCCGAAACUGUUUUUUCUUUCCUCUCCCCUCCCCCCCACAAAGUGGAAAUCCAGGAAUAAA